UUUGAGCCAUCGCGGCUGCUGUAGCGGCAGGAGGAGCAGCAGGAGGAGGAGAGCAUGACUGGUCCCUUUGACGUGGAAAUAUUUCCGUAACGAGACGAUGGACGAGUAGCAGCAGCGUGUAGCUCGAAGCUAUUCCACAUUAACCUUAUACCGAGACGCGGGAUUUUAGUCCAGAUCCUGGACUGGUCUGGGUUCACGGGAGUGACCGGACAACAGUCUGUGACAGGCUGAAGCCUUCGUAUCCCCCCGCCUCCCUCCCGCUCAGCUACAAUCAUGAUUAAAGCCAUUUUAAUAUUCAACAACCAUGGGAAACCGAGGCUGUCCAAAUUCUACGAACAUUAUAGUGAAGACACAGAGCAACAGAUCAUCAGGGAAACCUUCCACUUGGUGUCGAAAAGAGACGAGAACGUGUGUAAUUUCCUUGAAGGUGGCAUGCUGAUUGGAGGAUCAGACUAUAAGCUGAUCUACAGACACUACGCCACGCUCUACUUUGUGUUCUGUGUGGACUCCUCAGAGAGUGAACUAGGAAUUUUAGACUUAAUCCAGGUUUUCGUGGAAACGUUGGACAAAUGCUUCGAGAAUGUCUGUGAACUUGACUUGAUUUUCCAUGUAGACAAGGUGCACAACAUCCUUGCAGAGAUGGUAAUGGGCGGGAUGGUCCUGGAAACCAACAUGAACGAAAUCAUCACACAGGUGGAUGCCCAGAACAAGAUGGAGAAGUCUGAGGCGGGUAUUGCAGGAGCGCCUGCUCGUGCCGUGUCAGCUGUAAAGAACAUGAACCUCCCGGAAAUGCCCAGAAACAUCAACAUUGGUGACAUCAGCAUAAAAGUGCCAAAUUUACCUUCCUUCAAAUAGUGGCAGCAACAGAUCCUGAGCCUGCAGAUGUCAGCCAAUGUUUACCAUGAUGCAAUCUGUUUACCAAAACCUCAGAUUACUUAAUUUUAUCAAAGUAUACCUCCUGAAGGUACUGUGUGAUUUGACACUCCCUGUUCUGGUGUUUUCUCUUUGUUUUUCCUAUUAAAGAAAAGAAUGUUUUACUUGUUUUUUGUCUGUUUGUUUUCUGGAAGGAAAAAUGAAGUAUUUAUUUAUCACUGGUACAUUCCCUCUGCCUCACUGGAGGUUGGCCCUUGAUGUUAAGCUGCUACAGCGCAGAUCUGUGACAGUUUGUAACUGAAAUCAUUUCACCAACUCAAGUGUUUUAAGCAGGAAGUAAAGGCAGAUUGGUUUGGUUUUUCCAGACCAGAAAAAUCAAUCAAUGAAGAAACAAGAUCGAAGCAUUUGUGAUAGUGAAUUGAAGCAGGUCUGCUAAAGUAUUGACAGUCAUAUAUCACAACCUGUUUGUAAAAUCAGUGCAAACAAUAAAGAAUAUUAUAAUAUUGUAGAUAUGCUUUGUGACAGAAAGAUGGAUAUAUAUGCUGAAAUUAUUUUUCUUUUUCUUGUUUGUAUGCAAAAUAUUUUUCAAUGAUUUAUCAUGUCUUAUUAAACAAUUCUCUUAAUUUUA